UCAGUUAUGUUGUGUUAAUUGCUGUUAGUUAAAAAAAUAGUAUCUAGUAUAAAAAGGAUGUUAUCGAGUAGGUAUUACAGCGCAGUCAAAAUCCUAAACUGUAGUUGAGUUUGAGAACGAAUUACCUGGUUAUAGCAAACUGGCUACUCGUAUUGAUAACAACAAAGCAUGAAUAUAUCAAAUUUUGACCUUGGAAACAAUCAUUAGGCUUAGUGAUUAGAGAGUUGAAAAAGUAAUUUUAACAACAGUACGCUUUCGACAUAGGACGCAGGUUACACGAUUAUGGUUUCGCGAUCAUUGUCUCUGUUCCCUUCCGCUCAUCAACAUUUGUUCUUGAGAAGCGAAAAUUUGUUUGCAUUUACCAAAUCUGCUAAAUAAACUACACACGCAUACCACUUUUAUCUCAGCGAUAUAAUUUCAAAUUUGAUCGAUUCUAAGCGAACAAAAUCAAUCGUGACUUUUGUCAAAGUCACAUAGAAUAUCUGAAAUAUUAGUUUUUCACUGUAACUUUAGAAUUUACUAGUAAAAUGCCAGAUUCAGAAUUUCGAGACAAAGAUAAAAUAGAAAAUGGAAUUUCCAGGAUAACUGAGAAUUGCGGCAAAUACCAGAAACAACUUUUUCUCAUUAUGAUGGUAACAUCAGUGCUGAUUCCCAUUGCUUUUCUCUGUAAUGCUCUCCUGACUGACAAAAAUACAGAACACUUUUGCAAUACAUCGGAAGAUAUAAAGAUUUCAGUGUCUCAGGUAUGCAAUAAAUCAUGGACGUUGACUCAAGAUCUAUUAACAAUUCCAUUAAACAACGAUACAAAACAACUUGAUCACUGUUAUAAAUAUGAUUUGGGGCUUGUUCUGCAGCCUAUUGAUUGUUCGUUUUGGUUUCAAAACGACAACAGCAGCAAUAGCAGUGUUGCUGAAAAUACACAAACACAUGAAAACCAAACAUUUAAUACAACCAAAUGUACGAGCUGGAGCUAUCAUAAUGACAUAUUUCAUUCGACUGUUGAUUCGAGAUUCAAUCUGGUAUGUGAUAAUGCAUGGAAAGCGCAAAUUGCUUCUUUGUCGUUGAUGUUUGGUGUACUGGUCGGUUCAGUUAUAUUUGGGUUAAUCAGCGACAGAUAUGGCCGGAAAUCCUCAUUUGCUAUAGCACUUUAUGUGCUUGCAGCCAGUGAAUUCAUCAGCACUUUCGUUCGGAAUUUCGCAGUUUACUGCAUAAUGCAAUUGUGUACAGGAUCCGGAUUUAUUGGAGUUUGUACUGCCGGAUUUAUCAUGGGCAUGGAGCUACUAAGUUCUCGUCAUCGCGUUAUUGCAGCUCAAUUUUUUCAAUGUACUUUUCCAGUGGGAUUCAUGCUAUUUGCUCUAGUUGGAUAUUUGAUUCCAAACUGGAGGACAGUUGGACAACUUUCUAGCGUCGUCAUACUAUUUAUUGUUCUUAUAUUUUGGAGAGUAGCACUUGAAUCCCCCAGGUGGCUAUAUGCAAGAAAUAGACUGGAAGAUGCUAAUAGAAUAAUCAACAAAAUUGCAAAAUUGAACGGUUACGAACAAAAAAUGGAACUUGUACCACCAAUGGAAAUUGGCGGGAAUGAAGAAUCCGAAGAAAUGAUCAAUACGCCAGCUAAUACAAACGAUCCAGAAAUACUGACGAAAUUUUCUUUUCUUGUUCUUUUUACAAACCGCACGCUUCGGAAAAUUACGAUUAUUCUUUGUUACAAUUGGUUUGCUGUUACAUCCAUAUACUACGGCCUUUCCUUCAGCACAACGCAAUUAUCUGGAAAUGUUUUUUUGAAUAUAUUUUAUACUGGACUUGUUGACAUUCCAGCGAAUUGUUGUGCAGGAUUACUGAUGAAAUACUGGGGAAGACGACCAGUUGUCUGUGUUUUUAAUUUUCUUUCUUCUACUGCCCUUCUGUGCAUGAUGUUCGUUCCACAAGAUAUGUCAUGGCUCAUUUUAAUAUUGUUUUUGACUGGGAAAUUUGGAACAACUGGUGCAUUUGGCGGAGUAUAUUUAUACACAUCAGAACUAUAUCCAACUCCAAUAAGAGGAAAUGGGCUAGGAUGCUGUAGUGGAUUUUCUAGAAUUGGUGGAAUGUCUGCAAUCCUCAUCUUAAUGCUUGGAUCGAUCUGGAAAACAUUGCCAUAUAUUGUGUUUGGAGUCAUAAGCUUCCUGGCAGGUUUCCUUGUCCUCAUUCUUCCGGAGACAAAAAACAACGGGUUUCCAGAAACAAUAGAAGAGUGUAAGAAGAUGGACAAUAAUAGAACGAUUAGUUUAAAAUCCCAAUUUUGUCCCUUCGGCAAGAGAUAAACGUGCCUUAAAACUCCAACCAAAAAAUC